AUGGUCGGAAAGUGGCCCGUGGAUCGGCCACGCGGCGGCAGAGCUCGAGAGACCCAAGACGGCAUCGCCGCGCUACCGUCGCCGCCGUCGCCGUCGCCGUCACCGCCAUCGCCGCGGCCGUCUUCUUCUUGGACGCCACGAAGAAGUACGCGGUACAGAUGCAAGUACAGAGCAAGUAUACCGAAGGAGAGGCAGAGAGACAAGUUACCUAGAUGUUCUGACAAAUUGGAUGAGAAUUAUCAGCAGGGAGAUAAGGAUACUCGACAUCGGAUUGCAGCAAACAUGAUCACUUCCACAUUACGUUGUUGCCUCCAUAAAUCCGUUAAUGGCGCAAGAAACAUCUUCCGAAAUUACAGCAGCGACCGCGCUAGGAUUUUCAACGGAUUCAAAAGGGAAAGACUGCAGUACCGAGAGGAGAGUAUAGGUUACCGCGAGUCGGGGAAUUCCUGCGGGAAAUCUGCCCGCGACGCCUCGGAGCUGCGCGGUAUAAUCCCGGAAGAGCGCCAAGUUCUCGGCUCGGAUAAAACGGAAGAUUCGUUCGGCCAUUGUCUUCAAUAAUAAUUGCUUUAGAUCAAUAUCAACUCUAACUUUUACUUUUUGCAAACAUUCGAUUAUUUAUACUUACGACUUAAAUAGUAUGAAAAAGGAAGAAAAUUAAUAAGAAUGAGCUAAUAUUGACAAGUUGAGCGAAAUAAAUUAGUACUUUUUUUUAUAAGCUUGUAAGUUACGCAUUACGAAAAAAAUGUGAUGAAAUUGUCUGCUCGAUAAAAAA